ACCGUCUGAUGAUUCCGGUUCAACCUUCUUUCUCCCACUCUUUUCUCCAUCCAAAUACCAUUCUCAUUCGCCUUUCCGUUCUUUAAUUCCCUGUCCGGCAGGUUCGACAGUCGCUUCCUUGCCUUUCCCUUGUCUCCAGGAAUAGUUUAUUUAACCUUAAAUCUUUUUAAUAUCCAUCCGCUUGGCCGGUCCAUCCCCCACUUCUUUCAACAUGCAGACCAAGACACUCAUCCUCGCUGCCCUCGUGGCCAUCACCGAGGCCCGCUUCGGCCAAGAAGGUCUCAUCCAGAACGCGGUCCAGGGCCUGUCAGCCUUCGGCAACCCCGGCCAGGCCGGAAGCCUCGCCGGUCAGACUCCGGGUGUCCUCCUCGGGGGUGCCAAUGCCUGCGCCAAGCUCUCCCUCGCCGACGAGAUCAUCGCCACCCUCGGCACCGACCCGCAAGUCAUCGCAGCAGCCGCCCAGCUGGUCGCGGCCGAGAAGAACUUCAACCCGUCGGCGCAGGACGUGCCGACCAUCUGCGACGACCCGACGCUGCCCGCGACCAAGGCCCUGCGCGGCAUCGUGCCGCUCGUCGACCCCGCCGUCGACGGCGCCGCCGUCGAGAACGCCAACUCGGCCGCUUCGCUCAAGGCCCCGCUCAAGGACGCCGGUCUCAGCGUCGCGGGCAUCAUGGCCGCCAACGGGUUCACCAACCUGAUCAAGCAGACUUGAGAGGGGGGCGA